AUGAUGCGGCAAACAGCAAGUUUAUGGGCGAGAAUAGCAACACAGAAGUCGCUGCUCCGAGGAAAGAAUGUCUUGACGCUGGAACAUAAGAAGGCGCUGAGUCUGUGGCGUGAGAUCAUGCGAGCCAUCAGCAAAAUCCCUGGGUCGCCAACGAAGAGAGAGAUGCGAGACUAUGCGCGCACUGAAUUCGAGAGGCAUAGAGAUGUGCAAGAUAUUGGACACAUCCGUUAUCUCAUCUCGACGGGCCGUACACAGUUCGAUGGCAUGAAACGAUACAUCAAUGAGCAGGUGCUGUGA